AUGUCGCCCGUCCAGCAGUACUGGCUUCCGGGAUAUGGACUCUCCCGCCACAUUGUCCUCGGACACAUCCACUACUUCCUCGGUCCGUCUGCUUCGGUCCGGCCGUAUAGUUACCAGGAACAAAUUGAGGAUCUAGCUACCAUGUCUCGAGAGUAUGAGAAACAGGAAGCUGCACGCAUGACUGCUCAGAGCCAUAAUUCCCAUGGCAACGGCAAUGGAGUAUCUUCACGGCAGUCAGAGCCCUACAUCAAUGAGUUGAUCCCUGUUGAAACCUCCCGGGGACGUCGGCACCCAGAAUCAGAGACUAGAGGCCGUUAA